ACACAUUAAUUUCACUAUUGAAGUAUUAACACAUGGAGUCCUCUAUAUAAAUUUCCAAAAGCCCUAAGCUUUCUUCAUUUCUAGACUCUUCCUUUCGUUCAAUCUCACCUCUGCCUUCUCUUUCUUCUGUCCAAGGGGUGUUCUGAGAUCACAGGAAAGAUGGUGAAGGCUGUGGCUGUUCUUGGAAGUAGUGAGGGUGUUAGUGGAACUAUCUUUUUCACCCAAGAAGGAGACGGUCCAACCACUGUUACGGGUAAUGUUUCUGGUCUCAAGCCCGGGCUUCAUGGAUUCCAUGUUCACGCCUUAGGUGACACAACCAAUGGCUGCAUGUCGACUGGGCCACAUUUCAACCCUGCUGGAAAACAACAUGGUGCUCCCGAGGACGAGAACCGCCAUGCCGGUGAUUUAGGGAACAUUAUCGUUGGUGAAGAUGGCAAGGCUAACUUCACCAUUACUGACUGCCAGAUUCCUCUCUGUGGACAUGAAUCCAUUAUCGGAAGGGCUGUUGUGGUUCAUGGAGACCCUGAUGAUCUUGGCAAGGGUGGACAUGAACUCAGCUCAAGUACAGGAAAUGCUGGUGCUAGAGUAGCCUGUGGCAUUAUUGGUCUGCAAGGUUAAAAUUUGUUGCCUUCGUUGCCGUUACUGUGGAAGCAUUGAACCCAAGUGCUCUCUAGUGCUUCCAGGAAUAUUCCUAAACUCUCGUGAAUGAAUAAAAACACAUCACUGUACCUUUUCUUCUUUUGUGACGAUUAGAUCUUUCACUUAUCCAUACUUGUCUGCUGUUUUAUUAAUAUAUUUCUGGAAAUUUGGUUUCU